AUGCCGACCAGUCAACGCCUUGACGAGUGGCCUCAGUCUUUUGCAGGAAAUUCCUACAGUCCAGACGAGCACCCAAGGUACUGGAAGCAGGGGCAGUCGAUCACUCGACCCGUGUUCUUCCGUCUGCAGAACGUCGUGGGCUCGACCCUGUCGGGCUUCACGCUCAAGAACUCCCCGUUCCGCACGUUCAGCAUUGUCACGUCCAAGCAGACCACGCUGAGCGGUCUGACGCUCGACUCGAGUGCCGGCAACGGUUUGGCUAAGAACACGGACGGCUUCGACCUGACCAAGAACGACCACAUCACCAUCACCGGCAACAAGAUCUACAACCAGGACGACUGUCUCGCCAUGCAAUCCAGUACCAACACGGUGUUUAGCAACAACCUUUGCUGCGGUGGCCACGGUGUGUCGAUCGGGUCUCUCGGCGGCAACGCAGUCGACCAGUCUUCGACGGUGCAGGGUCUUACUGUGCAGGGCAACACCAUUCAGAACAGCGACAACGGUAUCCGUAUCAAGACCAUCGUCGGUCUCAAGGGUCUGGUCUCCAACGUCAACAAGGCCAAGGGGGGCUACACAGGCUCUCCCACUAGUGCUGUCACGAUCGAAGGUGUGACGAUCUCUGGUCUGACCGGCUCGGCCACCAACUUGUACGACAUUGUUGCCAACCCGAAGGUGGUCUUGGGUUGGACCUUCUCGGGCAUUAAAGUGAGCACCUCUCAGACCGGCAAGGCGGUCGGUCAGACCAACAGCGUUAGCGUGUAG